UUGAAGUGAAUUUGUAUUCUUAUUCGGGCAAUAAAUUUACAUCAAAUUUAAUAGCAAGUUGCAUAAUAGUCGUCAAAAACGGAAAAGUCCGAAGUUGAAGGAAAUUUGACGAAAAAUUCAACGAAACUUUUGUAAACUGUUGCUAAAGCAAACUAUGCUAUUAGGGUAGAUUAUGACAACUUGUUCAGCAAAACUGGCUAUCUUUUGAAGUUCAAUUUGACAUAGUGUUGCCUGGAAAUUGCAGUCAACUUUACGUGAAAUUAUAGCUUUCUAUUAACUUACAGUUAUCAAGGCAAUGUCUCAUUACUGCUCAUUACUAAAACACUUGAGGUCGAUCUCAUACUGUUGACAAAGUAUCUCUAUUCCGUUUCAUGCGCGUACAAUCAUAACCUUAAUUGAUUGCUUAAGUUAAUGUCAUAUGUACAUAGUACAUAAUUAUCGCGUCUUGUAACAUAUUUGCAUAUUGAUAUAAAUAAUGAUCUUUCAUGGUUGAUAGUUUUGUCAUGAACUUUUUUUUACAUUAAAUGAAUUGAAAAGAACCAGUUGCUACCAUGAAUCCUUCCGAGCCCAUAAGUACCGAAGUCUUGAGUUCUAAGAUGAAAGAUGUUAUAGACGUUCUGGCCAUGCAGCGUGAAAAAAGAAACGCAUUACAAAAAAGCGUCACGAUUGAUUAUACAAUUUCAAAUGAUAGCUUUGCAAUUUCACGAUUUAUAUACGAAUGUGGUAUUAAGCUAGAUGCUCAUCCACUGACCAUUGCUACUGCUUCAACAUUGUUUCACAGAUUUUUGAGAGAGGUCACUCCACAAUCAUAUGAUCUAUACCUAAUGGCAACGACAUGUUUGUACCUUGCGGGGAAAAUAAAAGACGAUGGAUUGAAAAUAAGGGAUGUAAUGAAUGUAUCAUCAAAUACUCUUCACAGAGGAUCCCAACCUUUAGAACUUGGUGAUCAGUAUUGGAGUAUACGUGAUGCUAUUAUUCAAGCUGAAUUGCUGAUUAUGAGAACGUUAAAAUUCCAAGUCGUAUUCGUUCAUCCUCAUAAGUACCUACUUCAUUAUUUGCGCUCCCUUCAAGCUUGGUUCGGAGAAGAUGAGUGGUCCAAAUAUCCUGUUGCAAAGACAAGUUUAGCAUUAUUACAAGAUUUUCAUCAUUCACCUGCAAUUUUAGAUUACCCCCCAAACUGCAUUGCCCUAGCUUGUAUUAAUUUGACAUUGCAAGUGUAUGGAGUGGUAGUACCGUUGAUGGAUGAAUGCGACCAACUCCCAUGGUUUAAUGUGUUUUGCAAGGAACUAACGAGGGAAAAACUAUGGGAGAUUAUGGAAAAGGUCAUGUCAACUUAUGAUCCUGAACCUGAAACUCAAGACAGUUGUUAAGUCAUUAUUUAUUAUCCGACAAUGUGUUCUUACUAAUGUAUAAAUAAAGAAAAGUUUUUCACGAUGA